AUGCAUUUCGCCACGCUCCUUACCCUCCCUCUCCUCGCAGCUGCCGUCCCCACCUCACCAUUCAUGGUGCAGGGCAACGGCGGGGCCGGCCAGGCUGUGUUUGCCGGCCGCCCCGGUUCGGGCUCCGCAGCUUCGGCCGCCCUUGGCGGCUUUGAGGUUGAUAUCGACCUCCAAGAGCUGCGUCUCGUCCAGUUUGCCGAGAACGAUCCCCCUGUCUGGAUUACCGAGUUGGAGAAGAUUGAGGCCAAGGCCGCCGGCCGUCGGUUCAUGGACAUUACUGAGACCCGGACUCUUGGUGUGUCGAGCUUCCUCGCACCCGCCUCUGCUACCAAGUACAAAUACCCCAAGCCUGGCAAGCAGGCCGACCAGAUCAAGGCCAUCACCAAGACGCUGAGCGUUGAGAAGAUGAAGACCUUCCUGACCAAGUUUUCGGGCUUCCGUACCCGCUACUACCGUUCCGACACUGGUCGCGAGUCGCAGAGGUUCCUCCUUGCGACCCUCCAGGAGAUUGCCGUCGGCACCAACGUCGAGUUUACCGAGUUUACGCACUCUUGGGGUCAGAACUCGAUCAUUGCGCGCUUCCCCGGCGUCGCGGACGGCCCCGUCACCAUUGUCGGUGCCCACCAGGACUCGACCAACAUGUGGCCUUUCCUCCCGGCCCCUGGUGCCGAUGACGAUGGCUCGGGAACCACUUCGUCCCUCGAGGCAUUCCGCGCUCUUGUCCAUGCCAACUUCACCCCUCCCAACCCUGUCGAGUUCCACUACUUUUCGGCAGAGGAAGGUGGUCUCCUUGGAUCGCAGGCCGUUGCCAAGGCCUACGAGGAGAAGGGUGUCAAGGUCCGUGCCAUGCUCCAGAUGGACAUGACCGCCUGGGUCAAGAAGGACACUGUCGAGAGUGUCGGUGUCAUCCAGGACUAUGUUGACCCGGCCCUCACCGACUUUGUCGAGGCCUGCGUGACCGAGUACCUCGCCAUCCCUCCCGUCAAGACCCAGUGUGGCUACUCGUGCUCGGACCACGCCUCGUUCACCAAGGCUGGCUACCAGUCGGCCUUUGCCAUUGAGAGCACGUUUGAGGACUCGAACAAGAACAUUCACUCGUCCCAGGACACCAUCGACCACCCCGAGUUUUCGUUUACCCACAUGCGCGAGUUCUCCAAGCUCGCCAUUGCAUUUGCCGUCGAGCUCAGCGCCGCCAAGGAUUAA